CCGGGGCCGCCCGCCGCCGCCAACCUGGUGCCGCUGCUGGAGGGGCGCCGCAAGGCGGGCAGGAACGAUUGGUCUGGCAGUCUUAUUGUCGCCUCUUUAGCUGGUGCUUUUGGGUCGUCCUUUCUAUACGGUUACAACCUCUCUGUGGUGAACGCUCCUGCUGUGUAUAUCAAGAGGUUUUACAAUGAAACUUGGCAAAGAAGAUAUGGCUUCUCAGUGGAGGAAGGCACGCUGACACUCCUCUGGUCCAUAACUGUCUCUAUUUUUGCCAUUGGUGGCCUUGUGGGUGCCAUUAUUGUCACCCCAAUCGUGAAGUUCUUCGGACGGAAAUGUACGUUGCUGCUCAAUAACGUAUUUGCAGUUGUGGCCGCACUGUUGAUGUCCCUCUCUUCAUUAGCGGGGUCGUUUGAAAUGCUUAUACUGGGCCGCAUUAUAAUGGGUGUCGAUGCAGGCAUUUCUCUAAGUGCUCUUCCCAUGUAUUUGAGUGAAAUAUCUCCCAAGGAAAUCCGUGGUUCAUUGGGUCAGGUCACAGCAAUCUUCAUCUGUAUUGGUGUCUUCACUGGGCAAGUGUUGGGGUUGCCAGAAAUAUUCGGGAAAGAAUCUCGAUGGCCGUACCUGUUUGGAAUGAUUAUUGUUCCUUCCUUGGUUCAAGUUGUGGUUUUGCCUUUCCUUCCUGAAAGUCCUCGUUACCUCCUACUUGAAAAGCACGACACAAGCAAGGCGGAAAAAGCAUUUCAGACCUUCCUUGGGAAAGAUGACGUUUCACAUGAAGUAGAAGAAGUUUUAUCAGAGAGUCGAGUCCAAAGAAACACCCAGCUGCUAUCAGUACUUCAGCUCCUGAGAACCCGUGCUGUACGAUGGCAAGUCAUUACCGUGGUCGUCACCAUGGGCUGCUACCAGCUCUGUGGGCUAAAUGCUAUCUGGUACUAUACGAACAGCAUAUUCAGUGAAGCAGGGAUCAACCAUGAAACAAUCCCGUAUGUUACCCUAAGUACUGGUGCUAUUGAGACUGUGGCUGCUGUUUUUUCAGGUUUAGUUAUUGAACGGCUUGGACGUAGACCUCUGCUCAUCGGAGGUUUUGGGUUGAUGGUCGUCUUCUUUGCAGUGCUGACAGUAUCUCUGACUUUACAGAAUAAUGUGCACUGGCUUCCUUACCUCAGUAUAUUUUGCAUUCUUGCAAUUAUUGCAUCAUUCUGCAUUGGACCAGGUGGGAUUCCUUUUGUCCUGACUGGAGAGUUUUUUCAGCAGUCUCAAAGGCCGGCCGCAUUCAUGAUAGCUGGGACAGUCAACUGGCUCUCCAACUUCGCAGUCGGACUACUUUUCCCUUUCAUUCAGAGUGGUUUACAGACCUACUGCUUCCUGGUGUUCGCUGGUAUCUGCUCUGCAGGAGCUAUCUACCUGUUCUUUGUCCUGCCUGAAACAAAAAAUAAGACACUUAAUGAGAUCAGCCAGGCAUUUGCUAAAAGGAAUAAAGUAUCUUUAGAAAUGCAAGAAAUGAACCACAAUCCAGAAGAAAGGAAAUCAAGUGCGGAACAAGAAUCAAACUUCGCUUCUUCAGUGGUCAAGGGGGAAACCAAGGCAGGAAUUGUAUAAAACAUGAAUAUUCUUCAGGGGUGGGGGGAAACGUGCUCCUCUAAUUCAGUGUGUUUAUAGCAGUGUGCAACUUGUAUUUUUGACAUUAUGGCAUGAGCUGCUUCCCCAUUUGAGUAUAUUUAAAGUGAGCGCGGAUGAAUUUGAUAGCAGCUAGGGUGAUCCUAGAGGAAAUGUAAGGCUGGCAUAGCAGCAGCUGAUUAAUUUGAUUAGAGCCAGAGGUUUUUGGGAAUCCCUGUAAAAUAGGUGCUGCGGUGAAUAGGGCAGGAAUCUAGAUUCAGAGAAGGGAACUGGUGAUGAAUUAUGAGCAGAUGCUGGCUGAGCACCUUGCUGCUCUAAUGGUGAGAAGUGUGCAGGGUUGUUGUGGAGGGCACAGAAGGAACUGGGGCUGCUAAAAAUCAACCCAGACAAACCUGAAAUGGUACCAGCUUGCAUUUCUCCCUGUUUCCUUAUAGUCAUUUAAGUUGCACAUGAAAAUAGAGGACUUGAAAGGCCACUUGUGACACUCCUCCUGCCUCCUAUUUUUUUUUCCAGCUAUUUAGACUUUUAGUUGCUUCAUCAAAACACCCCCAAGCUUCUUACAAAACAGAAAACCCCAGAUCCCAAAGGUUUUCCUUGUCUAGCUCUCAAAUACUCCUCAGCUAGUAGUAGGGUUGCCUGUCAUCUUUGGAUUGAUGACACUGAAUUUCUGGUUUAUUUUUUUAAGACUAGUUAUAGAAGCUUUGAUCUGAAGAGAAAACUAGACUUCAUGGUGAAUUGAAAGAACUAUGGUAGUAGGUGUAGGGUGCAGCAUUAAAAAAAAAAAAAAAAAAAAAAAAAAAAAAAAAAAAAAGUUUCCCAGCCCAUUAUAGCUGGUACAACAUUUUGGAGGAGAGAGAAAGGAGAACACGUUUUUUUCCUUUUCUUUUUAAACUCUUUUUGAAACAAGACAUAUGAGCCAAAAUUUCCCUGUAACCCAAUGAAAUGUCAUUUCUUAACACUAAGAUCUUCAAAUGAAUUUGAGUACCUAAUUCUUAUUUAAGUAUUAAUCUCUUUUGGGCAUUAAAUUCUGAAGCUCUGGGCCUAAUUCAUUUUUCUUAGUUUCAAAGCUACUUACUGCUUUAGAAAACUGCCUUCAGAGUCUGCUUAAUUUCAUGACAGAGAGACUUAGCAGACUCUCUGGGUUAUGUGAUCCAUUUCCUUCCACCUGGGAUUUUUUCAGUCAGAUCAUCUUUCUAGUGUGUAAUUGCAAGAAUAGUUUUCCUUGACUCUUUUGGACCUGGAUGCUGAGAAGGGUAGUAAGUACUUUUAAAUAAAAUAGCUGUUAUUUUAUAUGAAAAGUCAUUAAAUCUUAGCUGCUCUCUGUUAGGAGAGAGAAUAAUAACUUGCCUAAUAAGCAUGUGCAGCAUCUGGGGAGAGCCAGCUGCUUCUGCAAGGUAUAUUUACUAAUGCAGAAACUCAUGAAUUUGGGAUGUGUUGAAUAUGUGUAUAUAUAAAUACAUAUCUACACAUAUAUACACCUGGUAUAUAUUAUAUAUAUAUAUGUGUGUGUGUGUGUGUGUAUGUGCGUGCGCGCGCGCGUGUGUGUGUAUAUAUAUAUAUAUAUAUACACACACAUAUACAUAUAUAUAUAUAUAUACACACACACUCGCGCGCGCGCGCACAUACACACACACAUAUAUAUUUUUGUAUGUAUGUAUGUAUAUUGUGGAGAAUAGCUUUCCAAUACUAGUUUUAUUCAGAUUUCCCUGAGCUGUAAGAUGUUUAUUCUUUUAUUCUACAUUGCAAAUUAAAAUCAGAGAACUUAAUGUUCACCUAUUACUGCUAAAUGAUAUGUACAGUAUACUGUGAUUUAUUUAUUUGUGACAUAUUUACUGCACACAUUGUAAACUGACAAUGUAGAUCAUCUAAUAGAGCAAUUUCAUUACUGGGUAAUAAGAAAAAAAAAGGUGUGAUCCUGUAAGCAAGGAUUUAUGCUCUUUUAUUGGGACAGAGGCACAGUAGUCAGUAAGAAAAUGAGUAAAGAAAUAUGAGUAAGAGAAUUAAGAAUGAGGAAUCAGACUUAUGAUACUGGUGCUAUAAUUAAGAAAUAGAGUGAAUCAGAAUUAUAUCAACUGAAAAUCAUAUAUAGAAGCUAAUCAAAUACUAUAGAGAAAAAGGAAGCAAGAUGUCUUCUCUAGUAACCACCUGUAGAAUUAUAGGGCAAAUGGGCAUAUCCUCUUUCAAUAGGCUUUAGUUGCCUAUUCCAGAUGUUAUCUGGGGCUUUGUGAGCCUUGCUAUGUGGGUGGCUGCGUGAAAAUCCUCCUGAAUGCCACCUCUCUACUCAGAUUCAGAAAAAAAAAAAAGUCUUUUCCUUCUGCCUAUAGGGCAUUUAUUAGUGGGCAAGUUCAGACCUCCUCAUUCCAAGUGGGAAGAACCUUAUUUUGCAUUUAGUGCCACUAACGGGAUAGGAUGUGAUUCUGAGUCAAUGUGGCAGAGCUGGAAUCCAUUAUGGUUGUUACAAUUAACAGAAUUUAGUGCUUAAUGCUGUUCUUCAAUGCGCAUUAUAGGCAGUAGUUGAUGGUAAUGUUGCCACUGGAUCACUUUGAUAUGGAUACGGGUAACUUUGCCAUGUUGGCCUGAUACAGCAGUCAUACUGGAUUUCAGCAACAAGAUGAAAUCAUCUUAGAGUUACUCAGCCAGUUGCAUUUGGAGGCCAAUUCUGAGCAGGUUAGUAAAGAGAUGGUUCGAUAGGAUUUCCCAUCAUAACUCAGGGGCUUGUACAGUAUUACCCACAGGGGUCUGUGGUGGUCUCUUCUGCAACCCUGUCUGCCCGUCUCUUGCCAUACCUGAGCUAGGUGCACUCCAGAUACGUGCUUUCUGAGCUGCUACACGGAGAGCCGCGGCAGACUGAGUCCACCAUGGGGCAACAGUUACGUGCCUCUGCAGCAGUUUGUUCAAGUGUAUGGUACAGAGUAAAAGUGAUUCCAGUUGCCAAACAUGUAUUUCUGCAGAUGUUUUGCUUACUGUCUGGGGAAGGCAGCUGCAGUCUCCUCUGCCUUGGGUUUUGGAAGUUUCUGAGGAAAGCUGAGAUGUGCAGGAACUGCACAGCUUUCUCAUCUCUGACCCUAAUGAGUUUUGAGUUGUUCUUAAAGUUGUCCAGCAAUGUUUUUUUUCUUUUUUUUUUUCACUGUUAUGCUGCUAUAGCUUCUCCAACAAUGAGAGGACAAAAUGGAAAAUAUCAACCAUUUAUUAUCUGGUUUUAUUGUUGAACGUAUCAAAAUGUCUCUAGCCCAUGCAUUUGAAAGUGAGAACACUUUCUGCAGUGCCACAUUCUGCUCUCCUGUCUGUGACUGAGAACGAGAUCUGGCUCGACUGUGUUUCUGUGUAUAUGAGUACUGCAAGUGGGUAGUGUGUGUUUGAUCAGUUAUGUCCACACACACAGUGACUGCAAAAAUAAAACUUCUUUGGAAUAAAAUUGAAAAAAA